AGAUACCGACGACUCGCCUCGGUAGGCAGUUAUCCAAAGAGGCCUGUAUUACGUUCGUGACGCUUGCGUAGGGGUUGCUUGAAAGCAUGGUCGAGGACGGAGUUUUAACAGCUGCGGGGAUGCGGUAUCAUGCCUCUCUAAAAAGAAAAACUGCUGACUGUGUAAAGAAUUACAAACCAUACUGUACGGAUUUCCCUCUUAUAGCACAGUAUUCAAUUAUGAUACUGUAUAGCCUCGCACGGUAGGCACUAAUCUUGGCAUCUGUCUAAAAUGUACCUAGGUACCCAGGUACUUCGAGAAUUAUCCUAUCCCGACUCUCAUUGUGAAGAGAAUGUGGCUGGCUUAUCGAAUAUUUACUUGAGAGCAUCAUGAUACAUUUCCAUCCUGACCAGCAGCACCAGCUGAGGCGGGCCUGCGACAGGUGUCAUCGAUCUAAAUUAAAAUGCUUCAGGGAUCAUGAUGAACCAUGUCAGCGCUGUCUUCGCGCCAACGUUCGCUGCGUUUCUAGUCCCCCAGUUACAUCACGACGCCAGACCCAGGAUGUGAUAUCCGAAUUAGACCGCCAACCACCAACACAGCCUAUUGCCACCACUUCCCAUUUACCAACGGAAACGCUUAAUCUCAAUGAGACUGAUAUAGAUGCCAAUGUCGCAAGUUGGUGGAGAGGUCGCAAUACGGGCGAUAUAGCCAAUUUCUCCUCGGGGACGGCUGUUACAUCUAUUCCAAUUGAUCGACCAUCUUUAUCAGUGAUCGCAACUCAUAUGGAUGUCGAUUCCGGCCUAUUUCAGACCAAUGACGGCACUUCACGUUCAAGAGAUAUAUACGAGCCACUGCCGCCUACGAGUUCGAUAACAGGAAAUUCCGGGCCGGGUCCACCAAUUGUUACUGAGAGAAUAUCAGCCACCUCGGGGUCCAAUUGCAAUGUCAUAGACUUACUCCAGAAGCUGUCGGAGUUGAGUAUUGACUUGAUGCGCCAUUUGGAUAUGAUUCCCAAUGUUGCAAUAAUUGACCGACCUCAACCGGAAGAUGAGAAACUAUUCGACAUAGACCAGACUCUCCAUAUGUCUCAACUAUUUAUAGACCUAACGAAUGACAUUUGUUCAAGAUUACCGCCUUCAAGUAAGGCUACUUCUAGGCAAAUAGUCGAGGCGGAACAAUCAACCUUUUCUCUAGACCCGGCCUCAGAACUACUCGUCUUUUCAUGUUAUCUUCGCUUAUUAGAAACUUACGACAAGAUCCUCCGACAAAUGCGAGUUUCCAUCACCCAUAAAACUCCGAACGGCGAUAUCCAGUACCCGUUUCGGAUGCCGGACUUUACUAUCGGCUCAUUCUCCCUACCUUCAACAACUGAAACUCAAUCGAUUCUCCUGAUCAACCUUAUGGAUAGGAUGGUGACAAGAGCAAGGGAACUUGUCGCGGAGAUGUCGUCGCCGAAACAUACCUCCGGAUAUCGGGGUGAUUUUGAAUCAUAUGGGGGUGUAACCUUAGUCAUUGUACCUGAUCUGGCUCUUAAAGCAAUUCGUGUUAGGGAAGACGCGAUAUCGCGCUUAGUCGAGGACCUGAAGAAGUCUAUUCUAAGACCUGGGCCAUCAUGAGGAAAAAUUCUGUGUUUUGUACAAGUUUAGGUAUCUAGUUCAUACAGCAUUAUGAGCGAUUCAUAAAUCAUCUCACAUAGAAUUUCAAUGGGCUCAACUUGGGCAUUCAUCAUGAAGAUGCUUCAUCUCCUAUACCUCCUGCAGACAUACGCCUCAAGCUUCAGCACUUGAAUUCUAGCUUAUCUAUGAAUCUAUCCCCUAUUUCGUUCGUUACGUAGGGAUAGGAUAUUUGUCAGCGGCGGUGAUUAAUGCGGGCCACUAUCGGCGAGUUUCCUUAAUAGGAAAGCUGUCGGCGCGCCGAUAGGUGGGCCUGAUGAGUAACAUUCACUGUGCCUUUCUUUCUAUCAGUACCUG